UCCUCUUAGUCACAGGCACUGGGAGGGUGUCAAAUCGGGAUGGAGGAAAAAAGAGUGAGAAAGAGAAAAAGGAGGAGUCUCUGAAAGGCUUGAAGUCUUACAGCUGCCCCUGCUUAUUUUUUUCCACUGUUUGCAUGGCAUUCUCCCAUAGAAAUAAUAAUAAAACAUAUCUUUAUCAUUUUGAUUAGAAAAUAGAAACGGACCGUGGCACUACUUUCAUCCCUCUGCCCUCUUAGAUCAACAAGCCUUAUACCGGAGAGCAAAGGGAGAAGACCAACAGUGAAGAGGUGAAAGAGGCAUUUGCUUUAAUUCCAGAGACAGAACGUUGGAGUUUGCAUGAUGUGGAAAGAGUCUGUAAGGGUUACAUAGCAGACAGUCACACCAUCAGCUUGUUUCCUGGCAGGAGGGGGAUUCGGAGCUUCUCCUGAUGUUAUCUUGACAUUUCAACCUCUCUGGACAGCUUUCCACAUUUUCUAAUUGGGUGUGACCCCCGAUUGUACCAAUCCUCUUUCUAAACACUCCUUCAUAUUUAUUUAUUUUUCUAAAUAUACAACUACCUGUCUGCCAAUGGCUUUUCGCUGGUGAGAUCAGACUGCUCUUUUUUCCCCCAUUUUUUUUUUUACACCAACCUGAUUAUGUCAGGCUCAAGUACUCCCAAAUCGUUGCCCUCAUCUGGGCAGAAGUCUUUACAUGAUAUGAAGCACCCACUGAGUUGCUCCCCGGGUGCUGAAGAGGAUGCAGCAGGUGGCAAUGGGGUAGUAGUGGUGGACACCCCUAGCCCAGAUCUAGCACACACUGAGCCCAGCAGCAUAGCAGAUAAGGACCUUAGUUUGCCUAACGGUACUCCAGCAGAUACUUCCAGCCCAGCCUCAUCAUCCUCCCUUCUCAACAGACUGCAGCUGGAUGAUGACUUGGAUGGUGAGACCAGGGACCUCUUUGUUACUGUUGAUGAUCCAAAGAAACAUGUGUGCACUAUGGAAACCUAUAUUACCUACAGAGUAAUGACCAAGACCACCCGAGCUGAAUUUGAUCUGCCGGAGUAUUCCGUCCGCAGGAGGUACCAGGAUUUUGACUGGCUGAGAAAUAAACUUGAAGAUACACAACCCACCCACUUCAUUCCCCCUCUCCCAGAGAAGUUUGUGGUGAAGGGAGUAGUUGAUCGUUUUUCUGAAGAAUUUGUGGAAACCAGGAGAAGAGCUUUGGACAAGUUCCUCAAGAGGAUUGCAGACCAUCCCGUUCUCUCCUUCAACGAACAUUUCAAUGUCUUUCUUACAGCUAUGGACCUGAACAGUCAAAAGAAGCAGGGAAUAACUUUGCUUUCUAAAAUGGGGGAGUCUGUGCGGUACGUGACAAGUGGUUACAAGCUGAGAGCUCGUCCCAUGGAAUUUUCAGCAAUCACAGAAUACUUGGACACAUUUGCACUAAAACUUGGCACAAUUGACAGAAUAGCACAACGUAUAAUCAAGGAGGAAGUGGAAUAUCUAGUGGAGCUACGAGAGUAUGGCCCAGUGUACUCUACGUGGAGUAGCUUGGAAGAGGAGCUCCAUGAACCUUUGGAAGGGGUGUCUGCUUGUGUUGGCAAUUGCAGUACUGCACUGGAGGAGCUUACCGAGGAUAUGACCGAGGAUUUUCUGCCGGUGUUAAGAGAGUAUAUCCUCUACUCUGAAUCUUUGAAGAAUGUACUUAAAAGAAGGGAUCAGACUCAAGCUGAAUACGAAGCCAAACUGGACUCUGCCGCCCUCAAAAGAGAAGAGCGAACUGGGGGGCCUACGGAUGUAGAGAAGUGUCAGGAUAAGGUGGAAUGCUUUAAUGCUGAUUUGAAAGCGGACAUGGAGAGGUGGCAAAAUAACAAGAGGCAGGAUUUCCGUCAGCUGCUCAUGGGAAUGGCUGAAAAAAACAUUCAGUACUAUGAAAAGUGCCUUACAGCAUGGGAAUCCAUUAUACCACUGCUUCAAGACAAACGCGAAUCUAAGUGAGCAUUUUUUUCAGUGGGCCAACACUUUUCGCCAUGGAUGGAGAUAACCCGAGCUCACACUGCACAACUCACCAUUCUAGGUGGCUGGCAUGUUGAUGGACCUCCUCUGACAUUUACAUUUUACUGCAAUGCAAAAGAUGCCAAACUUGCCCCUUCAUACAUCCUCCAACUUUGCUUUUCUUCUUGUUAUUCCUAAGACUUCGUUAACUAACUGUUCCGAUCCACGAUAUCCACUGUAUGUAACCAUACAGAGGUGUGAUGAAACAUAAUAUGUGUCUUACUAUGGCAGCGAGUCUACCACUUCUAUUUGGAGGAGUUCCUGGCUUUUAUAACACUAAAAAUUAAAAAACUUACUGAGUGCAUUAAAAAAAUCUCACCACAAUGAGCGUUCCACUGAGUGUAUUUCCAUAGAUGAUUAAUUUCUAUAGCUAACCCUCCUUUUCUAAGUAAAUUAUAAGGGCGAACAUUUUACAUGUUGUUACUGGGGACCCUUUUCUCAACAUUUUGUGCAGUCCAACUUUUUUUGGCCUUACUGUCACAAAGAGGCCAUGAUGUUCGCAUGAACAGUGUUCGUAAAUGUGGCAUGAAGUUGUUUCUCUUUGAUGUUACUUUUCUUGAGGGUUUUUUGUUUAUUUAAUUUUUCUUUCAAAAUUUUGAAGUUAAGAAUAUGCAUUGCAUUGUAUCUCUGCUCAAGGAGCCAGAUUUAAGGGAUGAAAAAUAUGUUUACACUGGGGCCUUAUCUGAAAUUUAUUAAAGGGAACACCUGACAGAGACCUGUUUUUUGUUAUUUUCAAAAUUCCAUAAAAAACAAAACAGUUUUGACUUUUUUAAUUAAAAAAUAAAUAAAA